UUAGCGGCGUUCAACUUCAGUUUUUUCUAAAUACCACGACAAAUAUAUUUUACAAGUCACAAGAGGAGUUUGUAAACUUCCGGUGAUUGAAAAAUGUCGGGGAUGCAAAGACAAAAAAGUAGUAAUUUAGAUAAACCACUGAGUAAAGGUAAAGCAGAGGUUAAUGUUGCAACAUUUGCUUUGUUGUUCUCGGAAAUAGUACAGUACUGUCAGAACAGAGUGUAUACAGUUCCAGAGUUACAGACAAAAUUGUCUGAUCUUGGGCAGCAUGUUGGAAAUCAUUUACUAGACAUAUUAUUUCUCAGGGACCGGGGCUAUAAGAGGGAGGUGAAGUUACUCAGUAUGUUAUUGUUUAUUAAAGGAAACUUCUGGAGGACAUUGUUUGGAAAGGAUGCUGAUAAACUUGAGCAGGCUAAUGAUGAUGAAAGAACCUAUUACAUCAUAGAAAAAGAGCCUCUAGUUAAUAAAUUCAUCUCUGUUCCAAAAGACAAAGGUAGUUUAAAUUGUGCAGCAUUUACAGCAGGCAUUAUAGAAGCUGUGCUGAAUGGUGCAAACUUUCCUGCUAAAGUUACAGUGCAUUGGCACAAAGGAACAACCUUCCUGAUAAAGUUUGAUGAAUCUGUGAUAGCUAGAGAUAAAUUGGUUGAUGGAAAAUAGUGCAAUACCAGUGUUAAAAUUUGCAGAAACACUGAUAUGUCUUUUCAAAUGUGUCAUUCAUAAAACAUAUACAUUACUAUGUACUCGUAUAUGACAUACCUUCAGAGAUUCGGAUUUAUUUAAAUGAUUUUUACUCAGUCUGUCAUAUAAUACAUUUUUGCAAUACAUUUUUGCAGUACAGACUAUUUUUGCAUGCAAUAUAGCUAACAUUUUAUUUCAAUUUAAAUGUAUUUUAUAUGAUAUGUAUUUGAGAAUGUUGAAACAACAGUUGUAUUAAGUAAUACUAAGGAGUAGCAAACCAACAUUUUUUUCCCAACAGAUGUUUUAUAGUAUCAAACAUGUAAAUAGUCAUUUAUUUGAAAUGGUAAUAAUUGUCAAUAAUUUUAUGUACAUAGUUUUCUCAAAUAGUGAAAGUGACUGUAUGUGUAUUUAUGUAUGUGUGAACAUUUUUUAAAUUUACCACACAAUGUCUUGCUAUGUUUGAGUCUCUUGUUGUUGUAGCAUUGUUUUUAUAAUAAACUGAAGAACGUGA